GAGGGAGGAGAUGUGCUCUGUCUGGAGCUCCCCCUAACUGCAGCCAGAGUCAGCUCUGUAUAUACAACGAGGAGGCAGCUUCCGUGUCACUGACACAGCUCCUCCGCAGAGAAAGAUUUAGGCUGCAGAAGAUAAUGAAGGAGAUGUGCCCCCUGGAGGUCAGGAGCCCGGCGGCAGCCGACUGCUCUGCCUCCCACAGUUCCGCCACUGAUGCUGCAUCACUUGCCGUUGCCAUGGGAAACCGGCAGAUUUGACAGCAGGCAAGACACAGGGAGGAGACAGAGGAGCCGGCAACUCACGGUUAGGGUCAUAGUGUCACAACUCGCUGCCUGUCGUGGAUAUCAAGGAUAAUACAUAUCAGAAAUUUGCGCUCCUUUCAAGAUGGCCAAUAACAAAAUCAACUGCAGCAUCCACCUGUUGGACCUGCCUUGGGAAGACGUGCUUGUUCCUCAUAUCCUUUCAUAUUUACCUCUGCGACACAUCAUAAGUCUGCAGAGGGUCAACAAAGCCUUUCAGACGCUGGUCCAGCUCUAUCUGGCCAACUGCCGCACCUUUGAUUCCACCCAGCUUGGCUCGCAGUUACCCAAAAGUGCUUUUUCAAAUCUGGUUAAGCACAACUCCGUAUUGCAGAGACUUGACCUGCGGAGCUGCUCUGACUGGUUAACAGACAAGGAGCUCCUUCCAGUUAUCGGGCAGAAUCAUCACCUCCUUCAUAUCAAUCUGAACAGCUGUGUGCAGCUGACCCGGCAGUCCUUGGUGGCUAUCUCGCUCAGCUGUCCACACUUACAGAAUAUAUGCCUGGGUCACUGUGAGUGGGUGGACUGCCUCUCCCUUCGCAGCCUGGCAGAUCACUGUAAACAUUUGGAGGCCGUGGACCUGACAGCUUGCCGUCAGCUGAAAGACGACGCAAUAUGUUACUUGGUGCAAAAGAGCAAGCUUCUUAGGUCCCUCUCACUGGCCGUCAAUGCAAACAUUAGUGAUAUUGCUGUGGAGGAAACUGCUAAAAAUUGCAAAGAUCUGGAGAACCUCGAUUUAACAGGAUGUCUACGUGUGAAGAAUGAAUCCAUUAGGACCCUAGCAGAGUACUGUACCAAACUGAAAUCCCUAAAAGUAAAGCACUGCCACAACGUGACUGAGUCUAGUCUAGGAAACCUGCGGAAGAGAGAUGUAACUUUGGACGUGGAGCCUCCGUUACAGAGAGCGUUGGUUCUCUUGCAAGAUGUUGUUGGAUUUGCACCAUUUAUUAACCUGCAAAUAUAAAAUGAUUUCCGGAGUGAGGAUACUUAUUCACCACAACCAAGAAAGCAAUCAUGUGCCAUAAUACUACCAUACCGGCACACAAACUGCAGCCAGACUUUAUACUGGCAGUAAACAUUUCAUAAGGUGCUGUAAGGACAGAGGACAUUACUUUGUGGCUGCAGGCAGCAGAGAUUUACUGCCAUAAUUCAAAAGGAGGUUGAUGGUGAUUAUUAGCACAUCAGGAUCUUUGAUUUGUUGACCUUUUACAGAGCAACAAACAGGAGACUACCCCGCUGGUGACACUACGGAUGGGUUUAUUUAUUACUGCAGAACCAGAUAAGAUAUAUCUACACAGUGUCAUUCUCUCUAGCCAACCUCAUGCAGCACCUGAAGCUUGGCUCCUUUGCAGACAAGGCUAACAGCAUAGUUUGUGAAUAGUGCUAGAGUUAAGUCAUUUGCCUAAUGUGUUCUGUGGUUAAAUAUUUAAUAAACUGUAAAUAUGAUUUAAUAAAAGUAGUUUUAUAUUUA